GGCUUUCUGGGUGGAUCUUCGAAGACCCGCAAACCCUCCGUACCCAGGUGCGACUCUAUUUUUAUUCGCCUCGUCGCCUUGUCGCUCAGCUGAGAUCUCGCGCCACGUGCAGUCGAUGGAAUCGAACAUUCUGCAUCCCACGCAGCAUGCGAGGGCCCUUGAAACGUGGGACCAUGGAUGCUUACAAGCUCCGUCGUUGGAGCAAUCGCGCCGAUUUGCCCACUAACCAACUCACGCAAUAUCCAACAUCCCAUAGCACUUGAGACGAGAUAGAUAUAUGCGACCUAACGGAUGGAUCCCACUAGCCGCUAUUACCUAGUUUGCGAUUUUGUAUGCCAAUGUAAUAUAUUUCCUUCGCACUUGUAUAGACUUUUCAAUUCAACCUGUUAACAUCCUGGCCCCUUUUUUUAUCUGUCUUUCACUUCCCUGGUGUGUAACUUUAGCCGCUCCAGGCUCCCUUCGUUCUCUAUUGGUCUAGGACCUAGCCUAGCCCAUCAUGAACAUGAACAUGACACCCGCCAUGGCGAGGGCCAUAUCGCCCGGCCCCGCCGUAGCGGCCGUUCCCUUCACGAUGGAAGACAGCGGUUACAUAUCCACAAGCGAAGCUUCAACGAUCGCCGCCGAGCCCCGCGAGGGAAGGGCGGACCAGCCGUGGGAACCAGAAGAAGACCCGCCGGCGCCGUUCAAACCAGGACGAGAUUUCAUUUUCGCAUUCUGUUCCAUCUGCGUCAUAACUCUAGCGGCCGCCCUCGACGCCACGUCUCUCAGCAUCGCCUUGCCUAUCAUCACCGGGGAGCUGAAAGGCACGGCCAUCGAAGCGUUUUGGACCGGCACCUCCUUCCUCCUCACCUCCGCCGUCUUCCAACCCGUGAUCGCUGGCAUGAGCCAUGUUUUCGGCAGAAAGGAUCUCCUUAUACUGUCGUCGCUGUUAUUCGUCUUGGGCGCCAUCAUCUGCGCCGUCGCUACGAACUUUACUAUUUUGCUAGCUGGGAGGUCCGUCCAAGGUAUCGGCGGAGGUGGAAUCCUCGCGCUCGGCGAAGUAAUUGUCACGGACCUUGUUCCGCUGGCAGCUCGAGGCACCUGGUUCGGUUAUCUAGGUUCCAUGUGGGCGUUGGGCUCCGUACUUGGACCUCUUAUUGGAGCGGAGUUUGCCCAGAGCGUGUCAUGGGAAUGGAUCUUUUGGAUCAAUCUGCCAAUCGUCGGCGUGGGCUUAAUUGCGAUUUUCUUCUUUUUAAAGCUUAGUAAACUUCCCGGGAGGCUGGCUAUAAAAUUACGCACGUUCGACUGGAUCGGAUCGGUGAUUUUUGUCGCUUCGACCGUGGGAUUUCUCAUCCCGAUCACAUGGGGCGGCGUGAUGUAUCCAUGGGAUCAUUGGAGGACUCUUGUUCCGCUUUUCCUUGGGUUCGAUGGUAUCGUCGCCUUCACUCUCUACGAGCUGUAUCUUACGAAGAGGGCGUUCGACGCGGAUGGCAAGGAUUUGCCAGGUGUCCACGUCGAGCCGAUUAUCCGCUUCAGUAUUUUCAGCAACGCUACCCUGAUGAUCACAUACAUGGAGACCGUCCUACACGGAGUUGUAGUGUGGUCUUUGCUGUAUUUUUUACCGUUAUAUUACGAGGGGGUAAAAGAGUAUUCGCCGAUUAUUUCCGGUGUCGCCAUCCUUCCGGAGACAGGCCUGGUCGCCCCAGUAUCUGUCAUUGCCGCUGUCAUCUGUACAAAAAUUGGAAAGUACCGAUGGGCUCUUUGGUCGGGUUGGUUCUGUACGACAGCUGGCUCUGGACUUCUUUUCCUGCUCGGACCCGACACUUCCGUGCCGGGGUGGAUAUUCCUCAACGUCCUCGUCUCGACUGGCACCGGAAUUUUGUUUCCCGCCAUGGGUCUCGGUACCCAGGCAGCGUGUCGUCCCGAAGAUUCGGGCCACACGGCAGCGUUCUUCUCUUUCCUUCGCGUCUUUGGCCAAUCUAUUGGCGUUGCCGUCAGCGGCGUCGCCUUCCAGAACCAGCUUCAGCAGGAACUUUUGAAGUAUCCCGAAUUUGCUCCUCUCGCGGUGGAGUAUAGCAAGGAUGCUACCGGCUUGGUGAACGUCAUCACCGCCAUGCCGGACGGGAGCGCAAAGACGGACUUGAAGCAAGCGUAUUCGGAUAGCUUGCACGUAAUUUGGCUGUUGAUGACGGUGGUCAGCGGGGUGGCAUUAAUAUCCAGCGCUUUCACGAAGGAGUACACCUUAGAACAAGAGCAUAAUACUAAGCAAGGAUUUAGCGGGAAGAAAAGUAGGGAGAGCAUGACGGAACUAUUUGAAGAAGCCGGUAGACGCAAAUAGAUUAGAACAGCAUAGCAUAGCAUGGCCAAGAUUGUAUAUAGUAUAUCACGCAAAUAAUAUGUACCUAGGUAUUUAAGAGC